UAUCAAAUUAAUCAAGCCAACGCUAUUGUCUCUUUCAGAACAUUUUGUUUUUUCCUGAGAAUUGAAGCAAACGUUUCUCACUCCUUUCCGUUGGAUUCUCAUAAUCACAGAUCCAACAACUACAUUCUUAUUUUUUCUCGAGAAAGAAAGAGUGAGAAAACAAAAACAAAAUCAAAGUGAAGAAAAAAAGAAAUGGAGAAAAUGAACCAGGCGUUGGAGAAGAUGAAGAUGAUAGUGGGAAUGGAAGUGGACGAAGAACAGCAAGAAGAAGAGAGUAGCAGCUCCUUCGCUUUCAUGGAUGACUUCAAUCGCAACUGCACCUUGUCCACCAAACAGAGGCUUUAUGGUUUUGCCAUAUGCUUUGUUGCUGGUUUGACUUGUACACUCUUGUCAAUGCUUGUAUUCUUCAACCCAAUCAAGUUUGGAAUGACAUUCACAAUGGGCAAUCUUCUUUCACUUGGAAGCACAGCAUUUCUCAUUGGCCCUAAGAGACAAGUGACAAUGAUGCUUGACCCUGUUCGUAUAUAUGCCACAGCCUUAUUCCUUGCAAGUAUGAUAAUUGCCUUGUUUUGUGCUCUCUAUGUUCAUAACAAGUUAUUGACCCUUUUGGCAAUUAUUUUAGAGUUUGGUGCGCUAAUUUGGUAUAGCUUGAGCUACAUUCCCUUUGCGAGGUCCAUGGUUUCAAAGGUCAUGGUAGCUUGUUUUGACACAGAGUUUUAGGCUAAUACAGUAAGAAACUACUAUUGAUGUACCCUUGAAGUGCUUCUGACAUGAUUACCAUUUAUACAUGUUAUUGAACUAUGGAGUCUUGUUGAACAAAAAAAAAAAAUAACCAAGUCUUUUCACCUAGGCUGUUGAACUGUGUCUGAACCCAACUAAUUGAAUUGGAAUUUUGUCUUUGUGAGCUGAAAUUGUGGUGAUCCUAUGCAAAUCUGUAAUUAUAUCUUUACGUUUCUUCUA